CGUAAAAGAAAAUACAGAUGGAGAAGGCUAGCCGGAUCGCUGUGUCACAGAGAGUCCCCUUAAGCCUACGUGACAACUCACAUACUGUCCCUUUGUGACCAGCUUAAUCGGCAGAAUGCCCGGUCUCUGUGUGCUUUGUCUCGCCGCUGCACUAGCUGCGUUCACCCGGCUUGCCGGCACCGUGGGGCCGGUGGUCCGAUGCGAGCCGUGCGACGCCGGGGCGCUCCUGCAGUGCAAGCCGCUGUCGAAGGACUGCACGGAGCGGGUGAAGGAGCCCGGCUGUGGCUGCUGCAUGACGUGCGCCCUCGGUGAGGGACUGGCGUGUGGAGUGUACACGGCGCGCUGUGGCUCCGGCUUGACCUGCCAGCCUCAGCUGGGGGAGAGCCGACCCCUGCAAGCUCUGCUGGAGGGACGGGGACUGUGCUCCAACGCAGCGUCCAAAAAACUGAACAGCAUUCUCAUACCUGUGCAAAAACAAGAUAACGCUGGAAAUCAAUUAGAAGAAGGCUGUACCAAUGUGACUGCGAUGAUGACGGUGUUGCCUGGCGUGGCGACCGUGAAAGGUGGGCACAGUCGGGGGUCGAUGGACACCAGGCCUCCGCUCCACAACAAGCUGAUCCAGAAAGAUCAGAACAGGAAGACUCAGAGCUACAAGGUGGAAUCUGUGUCAGGAGGAGCUAACAUGGACAUGCACAACUUCUCCCUGGAGAACAAGAGGGAGACCGAGUAUGGGCCAUGUCGGAGGGAGAUGGAGAGCAUCCUGAGUGGUCUUAAAAUCAGCAACGUGCUCAACCCGAGAGGCUUCCGUAUACCCAACUGUGACAGAAAGGGCUUCUACAAGAAAAAACAGUGCCGUCCAUCCAAAGGCAGGAGGCGGGGCUACUGCUGGUGCGUGGACAAAUACGGUCAGCCUCUUCCCGGCUACGACGGCAGGGAGCGGGGCGAGACACAGUGCUACAACCUGGAGAGCAAAUGAGAGCACGGAGGGAGGACAAGUGGACGGAGGGAUGAAGACAGAGAAUAGGUGGGGAGGGGGAGAAGGAGCCGACUUUGCUCUUGCAUGUAGUUUUAUGUAAACAUUUGAAGGGGCUCGGGACCUUUGAUUUCAGGUCCUAUUUCUGCCAGAGAUGGGGGGAGGGGGAAAGGGUGGAGCACAACCCUCCUGUCCAUCACAGCUAUCUGUCCUGUGCUUAGGGAACCUUUACUUUUCUUUAAACAAACAAAACAAAACAAGUUGAAAGCUGAGAGAGUAGGGGAAGAAAGAGAGAAUCCUACCGUCUGCACUAUUCUUUUAGAGAGAGAGAGAGAGAGGAAGGAGGGACUUUUCCACUCACUUUAAAGAAGACUUGUUUGUGACUGUGACCCGAAAAACCGCACCACCACCGUUUCCAUUGUCUGUGAGCGUGAGUCAGUGUGUGUCUUAAUGUGUGAUCACCUGCAUAACAUACAUGUGCACAGCUGCAUGUCUGUGCAAGAUGGCAUGUGAGUGUGUGCUUUCCCAAAAGUGUUUUAUUUGUGUAAAUACCGUGUGUCACUAAGCUCAGUUUAGAGAUGUCAGACUGCCCAGCCCCCCUGCUCCAUUAAACAAUGCAGAAAAAAAAACCGCUCUCUGGCUCAGGGUCCAUUUUGAAGUGAAAGAUUAUGGGAUGGCAGGGCUUUGGCUUCUCAUCCUGCACCAAGGGCCCUCCUUGCUGCCAAGCAGUUACAGUGCCUUAAAAACAGACCUUCCCAUGCCUUCCCUCCCUUUCACCGCCUGUAGUCCUCCAAUAAAGGAAAUCUUCACUGAAAAUCUACCUUUUGAGUAUCAAAUACUCGUCCCCCGCAGGAUUGAAAUGUGGCUCUGAAAAAUAUAUUUCUUACACCUUUGUGGAGGACAGAAGCUGCAGUUAGCUUGGAUUCACAACAGCUACAAUAGUUUUAAAGGUUAAUCCUGCAUUAAAACAUCAAUCGAAACUUCUGAAACCACUCGCUCAUCUUCCGUGUCAACUAAAUGAAGCGCGUUGAUGCUGCAGAUACGUCCGUUGCUACUCAUUGGUUAGUGCAAAAUAACCUCAAAUAGCAGCUAACAUGAACAGAUCAGACUGAAUAAUAUAGCGAAUAUAAUAUAUGUCAAUUCAGCCUGACUAUAAGAGGCACAGCUUUCAUUGUUGCUAGCACGGUUAGCUGUUCAAUUUUACUGUGGAAGCAUGUGUAGUUGCAAGUGACAAACAGCUAAAAAAAGCUAACUGCUUAGCCAUUUUCGGCAACAGUAUGAAAGUAUGGAUCAUCAUAAUCAUAUAAACGGACAGUGGAGCGGUGGAUUAUACUUCUGCAGUGGCUUGAGAAGUUUCCAUGGACAUUGUGAUACCUUUGUUUUACUGGAAUCCAUUGUAACUGCUGUCGAUAUUUAAAACUCAAAGGAUAGAUUUUUUCUUAGAGAUCAGUUUAGUUAAAUAGUCUUCUGUCUCUUUCCCACCACUUACUGUCAAUGUCCCUAUUCUAAUGUAGCUCUAACCUGCUGUGUCCUCAUGCACGUCCUUUUCCCAUGUCCGUCAUGCAGCUCCGGUGCUGACGUCCUCCGAUCCUACAUGUCUUUACCCCCUAUGUAACAUUUUUUUCCUUGCAUGUGUGCCUGAUCCCGUCUCCAACCCACUAACCCGAGCUGUUAGUCCCUGCCCUACCUCCGGUCCUCUUCCUGUCAGUGGUGCAACCUGGUGUAGGCUUGUUUGAACGGGACGAGCCCGGUGUGACCGGCCCGCCCAGCCGCAGGUGCCAGCUGCCCCUACGCUUCAAGCACAAGCACUUAAAGCACUUUAGCUGCGCCGUUACUCGUCAAUGCAUGCAGUUAAAGACAAUUGGACCUAUCUGUAUCUGCAUACCUUUCCCUCGAGGUAAUGUCAGAUGAAAUGUGUGAUACUGUAAGAAAACAAUAAUAACCCAGGGAGGAGGGAGAAAAAAAGAAAGAAUGGGGGAAAAGCUACACCAGGACUUCUGACAGCAAACUUAGCGAACACCCCUCAGACAUUUUCCAUUCAAUGCAACUAUUUUUCUUUUUGUGUUGUUGUUGUUUUUGUUUCUUUGAAAAAUGCUUGUAUGAUCGUAUGCCAACAAAUCUCCACAAGGUGGACACAGCACCAAAUAUGCAUUCACACAAGUGGAAGGGGGUCUGAGGGAGGAGGCGGGGUCCUCCCCGAGGAGCUUCCUGACCGAUGCUCUCCCACAUCCUGUGUAAAGACUUGAAAAGUGGAGAGAGUGCCGACAAAGAAUGCUUGCCCAGUAGCUUGGUAGCAUGAAAUCGGUUGUACACUUCCUUUAAUAGAGAGCAGCAACUUAACAACCAACCAGUUGGUGCUAUAUCCCAUCUAUUCAAGACUUGAUGUAGGGGAGGAACAUACAUAAAAUAUGUUUAAGCUAUUCCCUCCCUAAUAUUUGUAAGUGUGUCUUUAUAUGUAUAUAUAUAUAUAUAUAUAUGUAUAUAUAUAUAUACACAUAUAUUAUUAUUAUUAUUAUUAUUAUUAUUUCCUGACCAGCUAUGUGUCUGACUAGACAUCAUGUACAGUACUUAAAAAUUAAAAUUAUUUAUCUAAGAAAGAAUUAUAAGCUGAUCCAAACUAGGUUUUCUUAUGAACAAUUCAGUGACUCACCGAUUGCACAGCAAAGUCUAUUUGAUUCAGUGUAUUUUGGGGAAUAUAAUCACUAAUGAAUGUUUUAUUUUUAAAUGAACCUUUUCCUUCUGUUGCUCAGCAGGGUCAUUUGUAAGCUCUGUGCCCAGCAGGCGAGUUUCAGCCUCGGGCGAAAUCUGUUUCAGUCAGGCACUCAGGUCUCUGGUCAUCUUAGUUCACGGCUUCUUAAGGCCAGUGAACCUCUCACUUCUCAGUAAGUCAAUUCUCUCCAUGCACACCCAGCCAUCAUGCAGUCUGUUAGUGCAGAGCCAGGGUCACACAUCUGUAAUGUCACUUUUUAUUUCUUCAUCAUUUUUUGUUUCCCUGCUGGUCACGUUAAGAAUCUCUCUGUUCACGGGUAAAUGUAUUUUUGUUUUUCAUUUCAAGUUUAUCCUUCAAAGAGUUUUUUUUGUGUAAGCUUUUCAUGAUACUAAACUAGUAAUCACACACACACACACACACUCUGAGAAAGGAAAUUAUUUUGAUUCAAAAUAUAAUUUGUAUUUAAUGUCUUUUUUUAAAUAAAAAGUGAACACAUUUUAAGAUAUCGUC